AUUAGAGCAUGUGAACAAAGCCUGUUUCCAAAGCUAACUUCCAUCUGGCAAUCCUGUUAACACCUGGGCACAGCUCUUCCCUGGAGCUCUGUGCAGAGAGUAUCUCCUCUCUAGGACUACGCAAGGACUGAACAAGAAGGAGGAGGACAGAACAGAGCCAUGAACAUUGUCCUGGAAAUCCUUCUGCUUCUGAUCACCAUCAUCUACUCCUACUUGGAGUCGUUGGUGAAGUUUUUCAUUCCUCGGAGAAGAAAAUCUGUGGCUGGGGAGAUUGUUCUCAUUACCGGAGCUGGGCAUGGAAUAGGGAGGCAGACUGCCUAUGAGUUUGCGAAACGACAGAGCAGACUGGUUCUUUGGGAUAUUAAUAAGCAUGGUGUGGAGGAAACCGCAGCUGGGUGCAGAAAACUAGGUGUCACUGCACAUGCGUAUGUGGUAGACUGCAGCAACAGAGAAGAGAUCUAUAGCUCCAUAAAUCAGGUGAAGAAAGAAGUGGGUGAUGUGACAAUCGUGGUGAAUAAUGCUGGGACAGUAUAUCCAGCUGAUCUUCUCAGUACCAAGGAUGAAGAGAUUACCAAGACAUUUGAGGUCAACAUCCUAGGACAUUUUUGGAUCACAAAAGCACUUCUUCCAUCGAUGAUGGAGAGAAAUCAUGGCCACAUCGUCACAGUGGCUUCAGUAUGCGGCCACGGAGUGAUUCCUUAUCUCAUCCCAUAUUGUUCUAGCAAAUUUGCUGCUGUUGGCUUUCACAGAGGUCUGGAAUCAGAACUUGAAGCCUUGGGAAAAACUGGUGUCAAAAUCUCAUGUCUCUGCCCAGUUUUUGUGAAUACUGGGUUCACCAAAAAUCCAAGCACAAGAUUAUGGCCUUUGUUGGAAACAGAUGAAGUUGCAAAAAGUCUGAUAGAUGGAAUACUUACCAAUAAGAAAAUGAUUUUUGUUCCAUCAUAUAUCAAUAUCUUUCUGAUGCUACAGAGGUUCCUUCCUGAACGUGCCUUAGCGACUGUAAAUCGUAUGCAGAAUAUUCAAUUUGAAGCAGUGAUCAGCCACAAAGUCAAAAUGAAAUGAGUAAAUAAGCUACAGCCAGAGAUGUAUGGAUGAUAACAAUAUGAAUCUGAGUUUAGAAUCAAUGCUUCAAAGCUUUAUUUCACAUUUUUUUCCAGUCCUGUUAAUAUUUAAAACAUUAGUUUGGCACUAGCAGCAGUCAAAUGAGCAAGACUAGUUUCCAAAGAAUAUUAACGUAGUUUUUAAUAGGUCUGUUUUUUCUUUCAUGCUUCUUAAAAACUUCAAUGCUUACAUAAACAUACUUAAAAGCUUUUCUUUAAGAUACUUUGAUUUUUCCAUUUAAAGGUGAACAAAAGCUACCUCCCUGAGUGUAACUACAAAGAUAACUUGUUUACGCAGGAAGAUUUAAGACUAUUCUCCAAGUAGCAUUCCGAGCUGUAGCCACACCACAGAAUGUCAACAAGAACACAGAGUGAGUGACAGCUAAGAGAUCAAGCUUCAGCAUGCAGCUUUAUCUCAACCUGAGCAGACAUCUAGCUUCUUUAAAAUUCAGCAUUUGAAAGACUUCCCUAGCCUCUUCCUUUUUCAUCAACCCAAAAUGAUGCAACUGUAUUCUGGACUUUAUUACUGAUUCUGUCUUCUGUAUAAUUCGUAAGUCCACCAAAAGUGGGCCCCCAUAUUUCCUCCAUUUUUAUAAUCUUGUAAAAUACAUGACAAAAGGUGACCGACUAUUUAAAACUCAGAAUUUUAAGUUCUAACCCCAUCAUAACCUCUUUCUUUGUAGUUCAUGCUCUCAUAUAUCCUUGGUCCCAGAGAUAUUUAGACAAUUUUAGGUUCAAAAAUUAAAGCUAACACAGGAAAAGGAACUGUACUAGAUAUUACAUAACAAACAGUGGAUCCAAGAGAAGGAAAAGAAGAAAGGUUUUUUUUAAUAGAAUAAUCUGACUCCCACUACAACAAGACUAAUCUUGUUCUGUAUGUUCUUCGUAUGCAUUAUAGAAUGCUUUUGCAUUGACUAUCCUCUUGUCUUUAUUAAAAAAAAAUGAAUUUGAAACAAUCCAAGAUGGCCAAUCGCUAACAUCUCGGGAUUGCAGCUCUCAGUGGAAGCGCAGAGAACUAGAGGACACCACAUUUUCAGACAAAUUCUGGUCACUCACGGAGCAGAAGAUCCCCAGUGGAGGAGUCACACGGGUCGCCAGCACGACUCUUGUGGCUGGCGCAGCAGCUCUCGGAGCAGAGUAAACAGGGCUGGCUCCCCUUCCAACUGAGGUUUGGAGGACCCACACAGGUCCCCAACACAACUCCUGAGGCCCGCACAGUGGCUGUGACAGCACCUUGGCGCGGCAGCUCUCAGCGCAGAGUAAACGAGACUGGUUCCCCUUCUGACCGAGGUUUGGAGCCCCGGGAAGGCAGAGUCACCUAUUUCUGGCACAAGAAGGAAGCCAGACAGGAGAAUCCUGGGCAGAAAAGUACGAUCAGUCUUAACGCCGCUGUUCUGGCCCUGGGAACUAACAACUUGGACGUCCAAUCAAGAGACCUAAUCUGAAAGUUGCUAAUUUCAAAGACGACAGGAGGCUAUAUUUACAAUGAUGGGAAGAAACCAGCAUAAAAAGGCUGAGAAUACUCAAAAUCAGAAUGCCUCUCCCACUAAAGAUGAUCACAGUUCCACAUCAACAAUGGAACAAGGCUUGAUGGAGAACGAGUGCAUCCCAAUGACAGAAGUACUCUUCAAGGAAUGGAUAAUAACAAACUUCAGUGAGUUAAAAGACCAUGUUGUAGCCCAACGUAAAGAAACUAGGAACUUUGAAAAAAGGUUUGAUGAAAUCCUAUUGAGAAUAGACAACUUAGAGAGGAAUAUAAGUGAAUUAAUGGAACUGAAGAAUACAAUACAAGAACUCCGAGAAGUAUGCACAGGUUUAAACACUCGAAUUGUUCAAGCAGAAGAAGGGAUAUCAGAGGUCAAAGUCCAACUAAUGAAAUAAAACAAGAAGACAAGAUUAGAGAAAAAAGGAUAAAAAGGAAUGAGCAAAGUCUCCAAGAAAUGUGGGACGAUGUGAAAAGACCAAAUUUACGUUUGAUAGGUGUACCUGAAUGCGACAGAGAGAAUGAAUCCAUGCUGGAAAAUACCCUUCAGGAUACUAUUCAGGAAAAUUUUCCUAAACUAGCAAAGCAGGUUUCAACCCCAGGUAAUACAGAGAACACCACAAAGAUAUUCCUCAGGAAGAGCAACCCCAAGGCACAUAAUUGUUAGAUUCACCAGGGUUGAAACGAAGGAGAAAAUACUAAGGGCAGCCAGAGAGAAAGGUCAGGUUACCCACAAAGGCAAGCCUAUCAGACUUACAGCAGAUCUCUCAGCAGAAACUCUACAAGCCAGAAGAGAGUGGGGGCCAAUAUUCAACAUCCUCAAAGAACAGAACCUUCAGCCCAGAAUUUCAUAUCCAGCCAAACUAAGCUUCAUAAUGGAAGGAAAAAUAAAAUCUUUUAUGAACAAGCAAGAACUCAGAGAUUUUAUUACUACCAGGCCAGCUUUACAAGAGCUUCUAAAAGAAGCAUUACACACAGAAAGAAACAACCAGUAUUAGCCUUUCUAAAAAUAUAUCAAAAAGUAAAGAGCACCAACAUAAAGAAGAAUUUACAUCAACGAAUGGAUAAAACAGCCAGUUAAUAUCAAAUGGCAGUAACCCUAAAUUUAAAUUGACUAAAUCCCCCAAUCAAAAGACACAGCCAAAACCCAAUGGCAUGUUACAUCCAGACCUGUUUCACAUGCAAGGAUACACAAAGACUCAAAACAAAGGGAUGGAGAAAGAUUUACCAACCAAAUGGAGAGCAAAAAUAAAUAAAUUAAUAAAUAAAAAGCAGGAGUUGCAAUUCUUGUAUCGGAUAAAAUAGAUUUUAAAGCAGCAAAGAUAUAGUGGUAAAAGGAUCAAUGCAACAACAAGAGCUAACAAUCCUAACAGCCAGAUACAUACAGACUUAGAUUCAAUGAGACAUAAAAUUAAUAAGGAUAUCAAGGACUCGAACUCAGAUCCGGAACAAGUAAACUUAAUAAAUAUUUAUAGAGCUCUCCACUUCAAAUACACAAAAUAUACAUUCUUGUCAAUACCACAUCACACCUACUCAUAGGUUUAAAUGAAACAUUGAUUGGCCAUUAUUAAUACCCAUUUUUUUUUCAGAAUAAAGCAAUAUUUCUGUUCACCCUCCCUCUUUCUCUUCCUCUUUCUUCCUCUCCUUUACUCAUUUUUUUUUUCUUUCCUUCUCUCAAAAAAAAGAAAUCAACUUGUAAACCUCUAGAUCCAGGUCAGCAAUGUCUCUCUCAUUGCUUGAUUUCCUUCCUUCCUUCCCUCCCUCCCUCCCUCCCUCCCCCCUUCCUCCCUUCCUUUCUUCCUUCAUCCCUUCCUUCCUCCCUCCCUUCCUCCUUCCCUCCCUUCCUGCCUUCCUCCCUUCCUCCCAAAAAAAAAAUAAAUUUUUAAAAGUCACUAACAAAAACAAUUCACUAAAAAUAAAUGUCAUUAUGCUUUAGUUAUAAAAUAAAACUACAUAACACAUUUUGAUUUGUAA